AUGAACGGAAAUGGCGGCAGUCCGAUAAAAGAACCUGAUGACGGAGUGCGGCAAGAGAUAUGGAGCUGGGGCGCCGGUACCGACGGCCAGUUAGCCACGGGGAGGGGGAGCCUUCAAGAUGAGCAUACACCGCAGCUCAUCCGCUCUCUCUCUGCCUUUGGACGCGUUACUUCCCUCGCUUGUGGUGGCGCCCAUGCCGUCGCUCUCUUGUCCGGUGGAAGGGUGUUGGCGUGGGGGAGGGGAAGCUCGGGACAAUUGGGGCAUGGCGAGAUGGCCGAUUGCUCGCAGCCGACGGAAGUUAAGGCUCUGGAAGGAUUUGAGAUCACUUGUGUUUCUGCAGGAUGGAAUCACUCUGCGUUCGUCUCAGAAAGUGGUAAUCUUUUCACCUGUGGGGAUGGUUCGUUUGGUCAGCUUGGCCACGGCGACUACAGUUCACAAUGCUCACCGCUAGAGGUCUCGUAUUUCAGCUCUAAGCCUGUCAAUCAAGUUGCUUGCGGUAUGCGCCAUUCACUAGUCUUACUUAGAGAAAACCAGGUGUACGGAUUUGGAUCCGGAAAGCGCGGCCAGUUGGGCAUAUCUUCUGAAAAAAUCAAGUCAUCAAAUUAUCCUCAGAUUGCCUUGGGCAUAACAAGUCUUAGAAUUACCAAGGUCCGAGCUAAUGGAGAGCAUAGUGCAGCGCUAUCGGAUGAUGGAAGGCUAUAUACAUGGGGACGAGGGUUCGGUGGUGCUUCAGAUGAAUGCAUACCCCAAUGUUACGAUGUAGCUAUAUCAUUGAAAGAUGUUGCUCUAGGAUGGAAUCACGCCUUGCUUUUAACAAGUGAAGGGCAAGUUUUCAUGCUUGGUGGCAAUCGUCAUGGAGUGCUUAGCGAACCCCAGAAAACACCUCAAACGAGCGAGGCAUCAGGAAGAUCAACCUUAGUUAAAAUGCGGGUGAUUCCUGAGCUAAUGGAAUUGAAAGUGCUGCAGAUUGCAGCAGGAGCAGAACACUCUGCUGUAGUUACAGAUAACGACACUAUAAUGACAUGGGGUUGGGGAGAACACGGCCAACUUGGCUUGGGCGAUACGAAAGAUGAAACAAGCCCUAAGGUGGUUUCCUUACCCCAUCAAUUCCCCGACACAAACAGACGCCCCAUUUCUAGAGUCUAUUGUGGGAGCGGAUUUUCCUUCGUUUUAAGAACAUAUGGAAUGCAUUGGGCAAUGGCAAGAACACUAAAUUAUUCCAGAGGAUUUGUUCUACAAAGAUUGAAGACAAGAAUGCUAACCUCUUUUCGCAUGAUAGUGGAAUUGCCUGUACAUCUAUUUGCGGUUUCCUACCGAGUGCUUAACAGAAGUCAUGUAACGAUGAGGAGAUUAUUUUCAUAG